UGAAAUACGGUGUUUCUGAACUGUUUCACCUCGGACCCUGUUAGCGACGGACUGCACUGCAAAGCAUGUCCGUCAAGACGUCCUCUAAUUGUUUUUGUCGCCAUUUAAGGACUUUAUUUAGUUUAUAAUUGAGUAGUUGGCUUUGGGUUUUAGUUGUUAGGUAGCUGGGCCGUUAGCUAACGGUGGAACAAUGACGUCCAGAGGGACGCCGAGCCGCUUCCUGAAAAGCGUCCUUCAGAAUGGCGUCGGCCGAUAUGUCUGCCAGCUGAAACGAGUCUCCCUCAUCUUCUCCAAGAAAGGCCAGGGUUCGUUAGGAGUCAGGGAUUUUAUUGAGGAGGGAGUUGUGGAUUACGCCAAAAAGAACCCUGCGACGGUGGUGUACGUUUCCCCUCAGUCCUGCAGAGUUCCUAAGAUAGUUGCAGAAUACUUAAAUGGCAAUGUGAGGGAGGAACUAGUCACGAGCAAAACGUCACAGCAGAUUUCUGACAUCUUGACCAAGCUGACCAACCAGUCAGGCCUGGAGAUCAUCCGCAUCCGCAAGCCCUUCCACACAGACAGCCCCAGCAUCCAGGGCCAGUGGCACCCGUUCACCAACCGGCCCCCGUCCAUCGGCCCCAUCAGACCACAGACCAAAAGCUCUGAAUGAAGACUGAUCAAUAAUACAGCCAGUGCCUGGAUGUUCCCAGAAAAUGAUAGAUGAGACCUCAAGUCUUUUUCUGUCCUCUUCUCAUUUCGUGAAAAGCCUGCAGUUGGGGUGUUUCUAUGUGUGCAACACUGAAUAUCACCUUUGGAUUGGCUUAACCUGAAUCCUCCAGAAGUUUAUCGCCUGCUAUUGCUGAGACGCAGAAAGCUGGUUGUAACUAUCAUUUGAAGAUUUGUGUUCAAUUCCAACAAACUUGAGCUAGUGUUUUUUUUUUUUUUAUAAAAUUAAAGCAAACUUAUGUAAAUCCU